AUAACUAGAUUGGUCGAUCUGUUAUUGAACCGUCAAUCCGGGGACUUCCGACCGAGAAUCGUGUCACAAACAAUAUCUUCGUCAAACCUUGGGUAGAAUCGAAUCACUUACUGGCAAAAAGGCACUCACUUCGGACGAAUAUACUCUGACCUGCUUUGGGCAGGAUGGACAAAGUGCCUCUAAUUGAUUUUUCAGCUUACAGUCUGGAUCGUGAGAGCCCAGAUCCAGAAAGGUUUCAGAAGCUUAUUGAUGAAGUUCAUCAAGCUCUUACUACCAUCGGGUUCAUGUACUUGAAGAACGUCGGGAUUCCAGUUCAAAAGAUUAAAGAUGCCUAUUCUUCCUCCAUGAAAUUCUACUCAUUACCCGGGGAAGAAAAACACAAAUAUUCUGGACCAACGGGAACAAACCACGGAUACCAACGGAUGGAAGAGGAAAGGACGAAUCCGGAUGUACUUUUCAAAGAUCUGAAAGAAGUGUUCAACUAUUGUCCAGCGGCCGGAGAAAAGACGUUUCCAGAGAACGCCCUACCAGAGUUUAAAUCGUCUCUGAUCGAGCUCUUCAACGCGAUGGUUCCCCUUAAUAUUAGAGUGAUGGAGGUCAUGGCCAGAGGCUUAAAACUCCAAGACCCACACUUCUUCCAGGACAAAUUCAAAUUGGCGGGAACAUCAAAGAGUCACACCACCCUGAGGAGUGCGUAUUACCCCUCUUUGGAGGGUGUAGAAAUAAAAGAGGGUCAACUCCGUUGUGGAGAGCAUUCUGACUAUGGAGGCAUUACACUCCUCAUACAGAACAAUCCCGGUCUCGAGGUGAAAAAUGUUGACAACAAUUGGGUACCGACACCACCGAUAGAGGGCACUGUGGUUGUUAACAUUGGAGAUCUAAUGCAGAGAUGGACGUCAGAUAUACUGGUCGCGACAAAACAUCGGGUCGCUGUCCAAAGUGAUCAAAUGGAACUUGACCAUGAUCGCCAGUCCCUGAUCUUUUUUGGCUAUCCGGAUAAUGACGUCAUAAUUGGAUGCACUGACGGGACAAGCAAGUACCCUCCAGUAGACAGCAACGAAUAUCUCUUCUCACAAUUACAGGCAGUCCACGCUAAGAAUAAUUAAAAUGUAACUUGGAUUCACAGGACCUUUUCAUGAAUAUUUUCAGCAACGAUUAUGUUGCAUUUGUUGUAGACAGAUGAAAUGCGACAUAAUUUCAGAGAAAAAAAAGCGUCUAAAUUUGGUUUCUUGAAGAGAUUAUGCUCAGACUGGAACCCCUCGCGAAAAGAAUUGCGAGUAAAGCGUAAUUACAGCUCGAAUUUCAACUCGUCAACACCAAAAAUCUACGCUUACACACCCACUCUCUGCAUCAUAGAAAUGAGGAAAUUUAUCUGCGACAUUAUCAAAUAUUUGUGAUAGCUUUCUUUACUACCUGUACGUGUAUGUGACACUUGAAACGAGAAAAGUAAUUGGUCAGAACUACUUAUGAUUGAGCGAUGUAUCGGCUACAGCAUAUUUCCAUAUUAUCAUGGGGGCACUUUCGUGAAGCUGUUCGUAAGUUAAGUGUGACAUUAAGAACGACUGGUGAUUUUUCCCGGGAUUUUUCGUAUUUUUCUUUUUGUUUGGUGAGUGUUACUGCAUGAUACUGCCCACUCCCAACAUGACGUUUUUCUGUUUGAAUUGGGUAUUUUUUAACGACACUCAUGCUACCGACUACGGACCGACUAUAUCUUCGGCCUCUUCAUAUGCACGAGUUUCCUUUAUAUUUAGCAUGUGAAAUGCGAAGAGCAGAGCGAAAAGAAACAACAAAUCUUAAUUCUCAUUUGGGGUUAGGGAGGGGGAGGGGUGAGGUAAAAAUUGAAUUUACCUCGAUUUUUUUUUGGGGGGAGGGGGAGGGCGACAUUUUCUCUGCCCCCACCCCCGAUUUUCGCGCCCAUUUCCAUAGUCUGUUUUUUCCUCUGUUUAUAUUUCUUCUUUUAUUUUGCUCUCUCAUAAUUAUUGUCUCUUUCUCCUCUCUGCCGCUCUCCUUUAUCUAUUUCGUCUGUUCUUUUACUUUCAUAUCAUUUUUUUCAUUUUUCAUCUUUAUUUCUCUCUUAAAGUUCACCAUUCUCUCUUUUAUCUUAUUUUGUCUCCAUUUUCUUCACUUAGUCAUACUAGUCGCCUUUUAUCUCUUUCGUUAAAUUCCUCCUUUUCUUCCUUUCAGUUAGUCGCCUUUUAUCUCGUCUAAAAGACACAUUUCGGCACAGAUAAAAUUAUACCAAAGCAGCGUAAUAAUUCAUCUCGGACGAAAAUUUUAUUUUCAAUCUCGACCUAUUUAAUUAUGCACACUGAUUUCAAUUUUAACAAGGAAUCUGGAAUUUACUAAGGGGUUGGGGCACUUAAACAAAAAAGUGAAAAGGAAAUUAUUAAAAUAGAAUUAAAUAAUUAUGAUCAAAAUAUUUUUUUAAAAUUAUACAUAGCACUUGUGCCCCACUUCCCACCCCCGGUCAUGGCAUGGGGGCACAUUUUGCAGUUAAUAAUAUAUAUAUUUUUAGAAUAGAUGACUAGACAGUAUGAAGGUUUUUUUUCCCUUCACUUCACUUUGGUGGUAUGCCAUGACUUUGUCAUGUUUAUUGCCGCAUAUACAUGUAGAUCAUGCGCACUAGCGUACCUACGGGGGGGGGGGGCAGAGGGGCAGUCUGCCUCCCUGACGAGCCACCACCCAUGCAUGUAUCCCCGCCCCCCUGACGAACUUGAAAUACCUUUUGCCCCCCCCCCCCCUGACGAAAAUCCUGGAAAAUCCGAGUUACGCCACUGAUCAUGCGCAACAUAUAUCAUGUGAACCAGGCCCGGCAACACUCCGGGCAGGCCGGCAGGUUAAAUUUACAUAACAAUAACACACAAUGCUGAUAAAUCACAAGUAAGAAAAAUCAUAAAUGUUAUAAAUCGUAUACAUUACAUAACAGGACAUGCAAAGAACCAAAAUAUGAUGUUUUGUACGUCUUUACAAGUAAAUUCAAGAAUCCAUAUUUCAAAGGUAAAGUCCACCCCAGAAAAAUAUUGAUUUGAAUAAAUAGAGAAAAAUCAAAAUAGCAUAACGAUGGAAAUUUCAUAAAAAUCGGAUGUAAAAAAGUUAUGACAUUUUAAGGUUUCGCUCAUUUUUCAGAAAACAGUAAUAUGCACAACUUUGACAUGCAAAUGAGACAGUCGAUGAUGUCACUCACUCACUAUUUCUUUUGUUUUAUUUAUUGUUUGAAUUAUAAUUUUUUUUAUACAGAUUUGGCUAUAAGGACUGACUUAACUGAACAGUAUAGUAUAGUAUCAAACAAUCCUAAUUCCACAUGUUAAGGGAGGAAUUAAGCGUUGUUUCACUUGACAAUGAGGAUAAAAUUAGAAUAUUUUAUAUUUCAUCAAAUAAAAUACAAAAAUAGUGAGUGGAUGACAUCAUCAGUCUUCUCAUUUUCAUACCGACCAAGAUUUGUAUAUAUCUGUUUUUUAAAAUUAAGCGAAACAUUAACUUUAACAUUAACUUUCUUAUUUUACAUCCGAUUUAGAUGAAAUUUUCAGUGUUAUGCUUGUUGGAUUUUCCUGUUUUUAUUCAAAUCAUCUUUUUGUUGGGGGUAGACUUGUCCUUUAAAAGUGGGUACUGCACUAAAAAUGUAGGUUUGAAAUGAAGCAGAAAUAUUGGCACAAUAUGCAAAAUUUAGUACAUGAACAUGAUGAAAAUAUACAGGACAGGAAGAAGCAUAAUAGAAAACAAAAUUAGGUUUGAAUAUGUAUACACAUGUAGUUUCUGGAGGAGUUUAUUCUACGAUAUACCAUGUUUACAACAUAAACUGUUCUCGUGACGAAAAUAAAUGAACGGAAUAU